AUGUGUCUGUCGGUAUUUCAAAUAUCACUUAGCGUCUACGAUGUGGACUCGCUCCGUCACGUUUGGCGCGUAGGACCUUCGCCGAUGCUUAUUAGCAAUACCAGUGGCGGUGGCGUUGGCGUGGCCGGAAGUGGCCCCAAAACGACAACGACAAAGGCCAACGUCAGCAGCGGAAGCCUAGCGGAUGGUGGAGAAAACUCGGUAACGGCAACCCCUUCUUCCGCCAAACUGGUGGUGGACUAUCUCGGCAGCCUCGGUGACACGGCCGUUGAUUUUGACAUUGCACCGCCACGUGUGGUCGCCAGUUGUGGCAGUGACGUCCGUGGAAGGACAAGCAACAGAUACGUGUCCGGCAGCAAAAGAUUGGGUGGCACCUCCAAUGAACAGCAAAAAGUCGAAUGGCCCAUCGUGAUCCUCCGAGGUGACGGAAACGUGUACAUUCUAUGCGCCGGAAUUGAUUCGGACAGACCCAAACUCCAAGGACCACUUUCAAUCCUGCCACAAGUAAACGACAACUAUGGAUUGGAUUCUUGUUCCCUGGUCGUUGUUCCGUCGCUUCCCCCCACGAUUAUCAUUGCAGAAAGCAACGGAAAGACCCACCACGCGCUGAUGUUGGAAGUUCAGGAUCCCGAAGAACGUUCCUUCACGGAGCUGGAUUCAAGUUUGGUGAUUUACCCUUGUGAGUGGUACUUGCAAGUGCUGGAAACGGUUGAACUCGAGCUUGGACUGACUGGAGUAGACGAAACACGAUCCUACUCCUGUCCUAUUCAUUUGAAGAAGGAUCUUCUGAAUGAAUCUCGUUAUUUUGCCUACCACAAUGCGGGUUUACAUGCAAUAACGCUGGACUUCACCAGACAACUGUCCCAGUUUGUUGAAAGCCUUGAAGAUACUACUGAUAAGUAUCCACUUUUUAACACGCACAGCAAUGCUGAGUACGUUGUCUGUACCAAGGCAUUCCAAAGUAAGAAUUCGAACCCUAUUCUAGGGUUUGCCCUUCUUCAGUCCCCUUCGGGACUUUUGCUCCAGUUGGCCUCCGGUCAGGUUGUGAGCUUAGAUCUUAUUGCCGAUCACAGCAUGAUUCGUUACAUCAAAGUACAAACGUCUGCGAAGUCCUCUAAUGGAACUGACUCACCUUUGAGAAAUUUACUUAAAGACUCCUUCCAGGAUCGCAUUCAAUCGAUCCUGAAGUCCGGCACAACGCAACCCAUUCUUAAGCUGGACAAAUCAACCGAACCUUCCGCUCAAGAAUCGUUCGAACUGCUGACACAAGCCACUCGUAUGCUUCGAGAGCAUUACUUUGUAAAACAUGAAAAAGCACGUCAGGAGAUCGCUCGACGAGUUCAUGUACUGAAGCUUCUCAAAGAACAACAGCUCGACGAAAUCAGUCAACUUCAGUUGGAGAAACAGGAAAUCCGAGAGAAGGCGGAACGUUUGGCCGAAAACUACGAGGACAUCUGCGAUAAACAGAGCGCGCUCUUUAAAAGAGCUCAAGAAGUGGUUCGCCUCGCCACCCUUCGACUUCCGAAGGGAUCCUUCUCAGAGAAAACCUACGCCGAGAUGAUCGACAAUAUCUCCCGAGCCACCAAGAAGCUGCAGAAGAAUGUGGACCUGGCCAAGCAAAAGAUCACCACCCAGCAGGUACAGAUCGAACAGAAACAGAAGUCGGAAAACGAACGGAUCGUUUCGCUGCCCAGCAAACAGGAGGAAAUCAUCAAACACAUCAUCAGCGAGAUGUACGUUCAAAUCGAGGGACAUGUAAACGACAUAAAGAAGGCCAACAACAUUCUCAAUUUGGCUUGAGUACUACAAAAAAUGUCACACGUGUUUCGAAACACGUGCUCAUCAUAACUAACGAAA